AUGACUGCCUACAACGCUACAAUGACAGAUUCUGCUAACGGGUCUCCCCCGUCUACGAAGCGCGGAAGCCCAGAUACGCAACACAGAGAUUACCCUGCGAACAGGCACAUCCCGUAUUAUUACUCACCCGCAUCGGACGGCCAGCAGACCUCCAAGCGGACCAGGACAGAAGAAUCAAUGACGGGAUCUCCAUCGACUGAUUCUACGCUGACACCACCGGCUGACUCGCCCCUCGAGAACGAAGACCAAUCCGGAUCAGUCACUCCUGAGCUGCCAUCAAGCAUGGGAGCCAGCGGCAUGGCCGGAUAUCCCCAUCCCUUUCCUACUGAAACGGGAUCUCAUCAGCAAGAUUUCUUUAACCCCUUCGUAACCCCGUUCUGGAACCCCUACGGUUCCAACGGCAAUGGCAGCAUGUGCCUGGCAUCAUCUCUACAAGCGACAAGAUCCGUACCGGCCUACGAGAAGAUGCCCUACGACGGACCAUCAACGUGGCAAAAGCCGCCAAUGAUGACAAACCACCAGGACUUCCUACUUGCGCCUCCCACCACUACUGGCAUACCCAGAUGCUCCUCUUUCCCCACCAGUGGCCCAUCAUCAACCAAAAAACAAGCCCCUGACGAGAGUCACCACAUCGAUGAGAAAGAAAUGCAACUACCCCAAAGACGUGCCAAGGAGCUCCUCAAGAUCCCAGAGACCCACGGAACCUGGGAAAAGUCCCCCUACGGCGUCUCGUACAACCGUGAGCGCCACGAUGGCCUCCGGACGCCCGAGUGGUACCGCCAGCAGGGUUACUACGUCGACGAGGACGAGGACAAGGCGCCCCCGGCCAAGAACCCAAACUUUGGUGGCCUCCCUCGAAACAUCGACUUGGUGGCGCGCGAGAACAGAAAGAGGAAGGCCGCUGAUCCGAGUUACACUGCACCUCCUCUGGAAGAGUCGCUGUACAUGGUUCACCUGGAAGAUGUUCGCAUGGCCAAAAAGAAGGAGCAGGAGACGCGUUCGAAUCUUGUGCGUCACCAUGGUAAGGAAAAGGCGGCCAAGAUUAUUAGAAAUGCAGAUCGUUUCGAGAAUGCGCUGCACAUGAUGGAAUUUGGGGAGCCUCGCAAGAUCUCUAGGAAGGGCAAGGAAAAAGAGAGGCAGCUCAAGCCUAUGGGAAAGAAGGAAAUGGUGAAGGAGCUGGAAGCACAGUUGGAUGCCGAACUUCUGCGUCAGGAGACGGAGAAAAAGGAAAAGGAAGCAAUCAAGCAGCUCAAGCCUAUGGGGGAGAAGCAAAUGGUGGAGGAGCUGGAGGCGCAGAUGGAUGCCGAGCUUCUGCGUCAAGAGAUGGAAAAAAAGUCCCAAGAUUCGCAGGCCGGGUCGCGCUGGGUUGCGGUGCAGGCGGAGCGGAGGCGGAGGAGAAAGUUUCUGGAUUUGGUGGAGCAGUACGAGCGCGAGUGUCCGUACGUCUCGGCGUCGCGGCCUAGCACUGCCUCGUCGGGUAGGGGCAAUUCAAUUUCUACAAGCGACAGAGGCAAUGGCAAGAUCGGCGAGGUAGGGGGAAACUGGACGAUGAUCGAGAUGGGGGAUGAUGAUCCAUUUGUUAGCAAAGACCCAAAGGGCGACUCAAAUAUUAGUAUUAUUACUACCACCCCCAAAGAACAUACGUCACAGAAUCUUCACAACAAAGAGAAUCAGCUGCCAACAGAAGCUAAAGAUGUCUCCCGCGAUCGCGAGGACACGCUAGCGCUCUACCGGCGCCAGAAAGAAGCAUGGGCCAAAGAGGACCGGGCGGCCGCCGCCGAAGCUAAAGUUGACUGGCAGCCCCUGACUACCGACAAGGCGAUCUGGGAGCAGCAAAAGCAGCUGGAAAUGUGGAACCGCCGGAAGCAGGACAGAGAAAGAUCAGACAACCCGCCACCGAGUCCACAAUCGGACGCCUCUUUGGGGGCCACGGAGCAAAGGUUGGGCUCCCUGGACCUUUUGGCACAAAAGACAAAGGUGCGAUUCGCAAACCUCGCAACCAAGAUCCACGACCAAAGCAAGUCUGCAGUUGACAAGAUGAUGGACGGUGCGAUGGAUAUGCACGUGGGGGAGAAGCAGCUGCGGCCCGACGUAUGGAGGGUGGACCGCGAGCCCAAGGCUCUGGCCCAAAAGCCGCCGCCGAGGAUCAUACUCAAGGUUGGAGGUGUCAAAAAGCAGACAGGAGCAACUGAAGCCCCCAUAGUCUUGGAGCCGGAGACGGGCGACGUGGUUGCCAGCAGAGAAGAGAUUGCGGAGCAAAAGAUGCUCCUGGAUAUGCACAAGCGACGACAUGAAGAGACAAAGAUCAGCUCGCAGGCUUCCGUUCAGCCCAACACAAAAGAGAACAACACGCCUACGGACAAUGGCGACAGCUGGUCCCUGGUCAGCAGCCGAACUGGCUACAAGGAAGAAGCACAAUCUCCAGGUUCGAGCUCGCUACUAAGACCUGUUUACUUCCGGACAUACUCCGGGUCGACGACAGCAAGCAGCAUUUCUUCUUCGGGUAGCACACCGCAGGCAGAAGCUCCGUUGGUGUCAGCCCUUGAAGGAAAGACACAAGCGGACUCCCCAGUCGAGAUAAAUCCACCGUCGCCGGAUCAGAUGAAGGAGCAAACCAAGUCGAGUGAGAGUUGGUUCUGGACUCCAGACAAAUGGCUCUCUGGCCAGGGUGUUCCCCAAGGAGUACGAGACCCCAUCUCUGAAGGCUUCACAAAUGAAUGGACACCAAUAUUUGCACCUCCUUCGGAUACCCGAGCAGCGGUACAGAUUGCAAAGGCAGCCUGGAGUGCCCACAUGGCGGGCAAACCAAAGGAGACACCCAACAAGGAGCAAGUGGAGUCGGCAGAGCAAGCUGAAGUCGUACACAGAGAGCACCGCAAGUCACAGACAGAACUUAUGCACAGCCCUGCAGCCUGUCUCAGCGAAGAGGAAUACUGCAAGAUCUGGGCGGAAUGGGCUCGAUUGACGAGGAUCAAGCUCUUCAGGGCAUAUCAUGGACGUCGCCUGCCUGAAGACGAGGGCCUGUGCGAAGGCAUGCUCGAGGCUUUUCUGGAAAUGAUGGCGAGGGCAUCUGUGGGGGCAUUUGUGUCCCACGGAGAGGCUUUGAAGAAAGAAUAUCACAGGUUCAACUCAGACACCAUGUUGACGAUAAACAGGGAUCAUCUGAUGCGAAAUGACUCUGGAUCAAUUUCCAAUGGGUCGCAUUCAAGUCCACCCCAUCAAGGCCAAGGAUCUGAACUCGACAGCAACACCAUCUUGUAUGGGCAAGAACCCGACCUUGCUGAUACCUUGGCGGCGACGAAGCUUUCUCCUCACUCGCAGCCAGAAGUUACCGAACCGCCUAAGGUUCACCAGUUGAAGGCAGAACAGGAUCCUCCUCCACGGGUGCGACUCGUCAAGAAGUUUGUUGAGAGAGGCAGCUUACAACGACUCGACCGUAACAACCGCGAAUACUACUCCCUCCUGAUGGGUAUGGUUCAAGAACAAUGGGCUGCACAGGAUCGUCCCCAGGCGAAUAGUGAUACAGAUACGAGGCCUCGAGCAGCUAGUUCGAGUGUCAGCGAACCAGACAACCAAGCAGAGUCGAAUGACACUCAGAAACAGUGCGAAGCGCCCAACCCCAACCAGCCGGCCGUUAUCAUGGCGGCAGAUGUGCCUUCUCCGGCGGUGCCUGCCAACGUCUCCCAGGCGCAAGCCCGGGCGAUCGAAUUCUUUCGCCUACAGAUGGAGGAGCAGGAAGACAAGGAUGGCUGGAUAAAGAUGCAGGCAGAGCUGCUUGCAAUGAUGCACAAGUCACAGGAGACCAGGAGAGAACUGGAAGAAUCUAAACAAAGACUCGAAGAAACCAGAGCGCAGUUCCGGGAGCAGUGGGGUGAGGAAAGCUCCAAGGACGAAGAUCCAUACCCCGAAGGCCAUAGACUGGAGAGAAUGGGCAGACGCAGCGAUACUACUCCUGCGACCACGGCCAUGUCGUGGGACACGAACGUAACCAGACAGAAUGCCCAAGCAGACCUCCGCCGCGCGCGAGCCCGAUUAAUCCACCUCCUGUGGACGCGGCGCAAUCAUCUUGAGCGUGAGCAGGAGGCCAGCUGGGCGCAACUACCAUCGCCCCACGUGGAUGCCAACAAUCAUCGGACGAGACGAGAUCUGGGCAGGGUCAAGAGGAUGCUAAACCAGCUCCAUAUUGCAAGCAUCUGGCUCGAUCCUCCAGAAGAGUUUUGGGAUUCUUCGGAUGGAGAGACUACGUUGACCGUGUCGGCCUUUGGGAGCGAUGAAGUGAACGGCGGCGGCAGCGAGGCUGGAAACAAACGUCUUGGCUCCGCCCAGUGA